AUGUCACCAUACAACACUGUUUUACUUGACAUUGAAGGAACUACCACACCAAUAGCUUUUGUUCAUGAUUGUUUGUUUCCCUAUGUUACCGAGAAUUUGACGCAUUUCUUGGAAGAAAACUGGAAUUCGUCAGAAUUCCAAGGUCACAUUCAGUUACUUCGAGAGCAGGCAUUAAAAGAUGUGGAGAACGGAAUAACGGAUGCAGUGAUAAUCCCGAACGGGAAUGAAAGUGACGUAAAAUCAAUUCAAGAUGCGAUCACAAAUAAUAUUCGGUGGCAGAUGCGCGCAGAUCGGAAAAUUGCCGCGUUAAAGUCGUUUCAGGGAUACAUGUGGAAAUCAGGAUAUGAUUCUGGUGAAUUGAAGAGCGUCAUCUAUGAUGACGUCGUAACGGCAUUUAAACGGUGGAAAGAUGCCGGCAUAAAAAUAUACAUUUAUUCUUCCGGUAGUGUUGAGGCACAGAAACUAAUAUUUGCACAUUCGGAUAAGGGGAAUUUAUUGGGGUAUAUUGAUGGUCAUUUUGAUACAACCAUCGGCUCAAAACUCGAGAGUCAAAGUUAUCUAAAUAUUUGUAAUGAGCUUGGAAUUCAGUCUUCACCGUCGUCUAUGCUGUUUCUAAGUGAUAAUAUUAAUGAAAUAAAUGCAGCCAAAAAAGCCGGAAUACAAACCGCAAUUGUUGAAAGACCCGGAAAUCCACCUUUGAAUUUCAAUAAUGGCAGUGGUAACGAACAUAUCUUAGUAAUACAUAGUUUUCUUGAAAUUUGA